UUACAGGAACCCCACCCGUUCGUCAUAAACAGUCGGGCUUUGGAAUCCGUAAAAUCGUUGUGAAAAAAGUAAAAAUGUCUGAUGUGAAAAUAAAAUUCGAUUGGGGCGACGCCAGUGUGGAUCAGCCCAUGCCACAGGCCUUCAAGGAGAAGGAGGUGGCCAAGGCCGGCUGCCACACCCCCCGGGUCUACCGCUUCAAGGACAUCUACGAGGGCAAGAGGAAGCAGCAGCUGAGCAAGUGCCUCGAGGCGGAGCGCAAGCAGCGCGAGUUCCACAGCCGUCCAGUGCCCAACUUUCCCCAGAUCCACGAGCGCCAGGCGGCCAAGCCCGUCGUCCACCGUUUCACCCAGCCGGUCACCCCCAACGUGCUCAAGAACUCUGCUCCGGCGGAGAUGAGGCGCCGCCAGCGGCUGGAGUUGGAGUCCUCGCGUCCAGCUCUGAAGCCUCUGCCCAGCAACUUCAAUGCCCAGACCUCGCAGAAGCAGGAGGCCCGUCGCCAGCAGCAGGAGGAGCAGCGCCUCCGUAAGGAGCGUGAGGACUACCAGAAGCACCGCCAGUUGACCACGUUCCGGGCUAGUCCCAGCCCGUUCAGCACUACGCCACGUUAGUGGGGAGUGGCCUUCCUUUUUCCCGUCAUCCCUUUGCCCCUUUUUCAAUUUUGUUUUGAUUCUUUGUUUUUAAAUUGUUCAAAUUUGCUUUGUUGUUCGAAGAAAUUAAAUUACUAUAAUCAGCACAGACGUACACCCAUGAGUGCAUGAGUGUGAAUGACUGCUCAAUCAAUUUGUUCGGCAUACCCUUGGCGAGGGGUACACCACCAAAGGGUCGAAUAUUGGCGCACUACAACGAAAUCCACCUCGAAAGGGUAUCCCUCAGUUCGGUCUCCCAGGCGAGACCCAUUUUCUGGUUUAAAAUGGCUCGGGUCGGUGGCUCCAUCAAUCAAGUGGCCCCCGCCCCAGCCCCAGGCCAAGCCACAGCCAAUCCGCAUGGCAGGGCCACGCCCACGUGUGCCCGUACAAACAAUUUGUUGUAAGUGUAUCAAUUGAUGCGCCCCCGAUGCACGUACGAGUGUGAGCUUUCCACGUGUGCCAGUGUGGAGGAGGAGUACGUCACAUCUGCGACUCUACCAAUCUGCCGUGGAAUUUGAUUUUGUGUUUGAUUUGGUUCGCUUUUCCUCUGGAUAAAUGUUGUUUUGAA